GGCAAAAAAUGCAAAAAAAAAAAAAGAAAAAAAGAAAAAAAAGGAGAGGAGACAUUUUAUUUUACAGAAACGUAUUGGUGCAAAAGAAGAUCUGCUGGGGGCGGGCAAUCGUUCUUGUCGUUCGAUUGAUCGAGAAGCUUUGUGAUUGAUUCAGCUGCAAGCUCCGCCGUGAGAUGGCUGGCGCCGCCUCGGCGCUGUUCCUCCUGGACAUCAAAGGCCGGGUCUUGAUUUGGCGGGACUACAGAGGCGAUGUCUCCGCCGUCCAAGCCGAGCGCUUUUUCACCAAGCUCAUCGAGAAAGAGGGUGGUGAUCCGCAGUCUCAGGAUCCCGUUGUGUAUGAUAAUGGUGUGAGUUACAUGUUUAUACAACACAACAAUGUUUACUUGAUGACAGCGUCAAGGCAAAACUGUAACGCCGCGAGCCUCCUCCUCUUUCUGCACCGUGUAGUCGACGUUUUUAAGCAUUACUUUGAGGAGUUGGAAGAGGAAUCCUUGAGAGAUAACUUUGUCGUUGUGUAUGAGCUGCUCGACGAAAUGAUGGACUUUGGUUUCCCCCAAUACACAGAAGCCAAAAUUCUUAGCGAGUUUAUCAAGACUGAUGCAUACAGAAUGGAAGUUGCACAACGGCCUCCCAUGGCUGUGACCAAUGCAGUUUCUUGGCGUAGUGAGGGAAUACGGUACAAGAAGAAUGAAGUCUUCUUGGAUGUGGUGGAAAGCGUCAAUAUACUUGUUAACAGCAAUGGGCAAAUAAUCCGCUCAGAUGUUGUAGGGGCACUCAAGAUGAGAACAUAUUUGAGUGGCAUGCCUGAAUGCAAGCUGGGACUGAACGAUAGAGUACUACUUGAAGCACAAGGUCGGACCACCAAAGGAAAAGCUAUUGAUCUAGACGAUAUCAAGUUUCAUCAGUGUGUGCGUUUGGCUCGGUUUGAGAAUGAUCGAACAAUAUCUUUCAUACCUCCUGAUGGAUCCUUUGAUCUUAUGACGUAUAGGCUCAGCACUCAGGUGAAACCUCUCAUUUGGGUGGAAGCUCAAAUAGAACGGCACUCUAGGAGUCGUAUAGAAUUUAUGGUAAAAGCACGAAGCCAGUUUAAGGAGCGCAGCACUGCAACAAAUGUUGAAAUUGAGCUACCGGUGCCAUCAGAUGCUACGAAGCCGAAUGUGAGGACAUCAAUGGGUUCUGCUUCUUAUGCUCCAGAAAAUGAUGCUCUAGUCUGGAAGAUCAAAUCUUUUCCAGGCAAUAAGGAGUACAUGCUGAGGGCAGAAUUCGGACUCCCUAGUAUUGCUGCUGAAGAAGCUGCUCCCGAGAAAAAGGCUCCUAUUCGAGUGAAAUUCGAGAUCCCAUACUUCACCGUGUCCGGUAUUCAGGUUCGUUAUCUCAAGAUCAUCGAGAAAAGCGGGUACCAAGCUCUACCAUGGGUGAGAUACAUAACAAUGGCUGGAGAAUAUGAACUGAGACUCAUGUGAAAGCCCGACCUUUGAAGCUUGACCAAUGUACAUCUCGACUACAUGCUAUCGGUUCGAAACUUGCUGGAGAAUCGUACGGUGUUUCCCCAUGCAAAGUUAUAAAUCCGUCCUGCGAUUUUUGUAGCACAGAUUAGAUCUGUCCUGUUGCAAAACUUCCGCACAAAUUUUGUCUUAACAUGAAGGUUAUGUGGUGAAUACAGCUCCAAUCUGUUUGCCUUCUUGAUCGCUAUGUCACCGCGGACUGUAACUUAAAAUGAAAAUAAAUCUAUAGCUCUUAUGCCUUA